AUGGACCGCGACAACCAAGCUAGCGAUGCCCAUGGCCGCUUUGAAUUGUUCAAGGAUCUCCCCUCCGAUAUGACUGAACCAAUCUGGGAUGGCGAUAUCACGCAAGCCGGAACAGCAGCAUACGUCCCAAGUCCCGACGAUGCACCUGAACCGAGCAGCCACUUUUUUGAUGAUGCCAUGGAGAUAACCAAACCAGCCGAGAAGAUGGACGCCUUCAUGGAAAACGGAGCGGGCCACGAAGCCGACAGCUUUUGUGUCGUCCCUAGCCGUCAAGUUAUCGCCAUGGAAAUGGAAUACAUGGAGUUUAUCCGUGCGUUUACUGGCACAACAGAACAAGAGCCUCAAGAACAAAGAUCCGCGUCGGACAUGGACUCUAACCUCCCGGCCCAGCUUCCACUCGAUGAGCAGUCCCAGCAAGAGCAGCUGCAAUUCACCAAUGAGCUUACUUUGCUGCAAGAGCAACAACAGUUCCAUCAAGAGCAGCCGCAAUCCAAUGAGUUUACUUUGGAGCUGCAAUCCAAUGAGUUUACUUUGGAGCUUCAGCAACAGCAGUCUCAGCAAGAGCAGCUGCAAUUCACCAAUGAGUUUACUUUGGAGCUUCAGCAACAACAGUCUCAGCAAGAGCAAAUGCAAUCCAAUGAGUUUACUUUGGAGCUGCAAUCAGAUGAGUUUACUUUGGAGCUGCAAUCUAAUGAGUUUACUUUGGAGCUGCAAUCCAAUGAGUUUACUUUGCUGCAAGAGCAACAAGAGUCUCAGCAAGAGCAACAACAGUCUCAGCAAGAGCAGCCGCAAUUUAAUGAGUUUACUUUGGAGCUGCAAUCCAAUGAGUUUACUCUGGAGCUUCAGCAACAACAGUCUCAGCAAGAGCAGCUGCAAUCUAAUGAGUCUACUUUGCUUCAAGAGCAACAAGAGUCUCAGCAAGAGCAACAACAGCCCCAGAAGGAGCAGCCACAAUCCAAUAACUUCACUUUGGAGCUUCAGCAACAGCAGCCUCAACAAACCCAGAGUCUACUAGGACUGCUUCAACAGCCGUUUCAACCACAGGAGCAUGAGCAAGGGUCCACGUGGUUUAACCCUCAGCGGCUUGACCUUGAGCAACAACAGAUGCAACAACAACAACAGGUGCAGCAACAACAGAUGCAGCAACAGCAACAGGUGCAGCAACAACAGAUGCAGCAACAACAACAGAUGCAGCAACAACAACAGAUGCAGCAACAACAGAUGCAGCAACAACAACAGGUGCAGCAACAACAGAUGCAGCAACAACAACAGAUGCAGCAACAACAACAGAUGCAGCAACAACAGAUGCAGCAAUCACAGAUACAGCAACCACAGAUGCAGCCAUCCACCCCAAACCCUUUCGACGAUUCCAAAUUUCACGCCGUUUGGGAAAAUCUCGCCAUGGUCAGAGCCGAUGCCCGCGAGGUUUGUGCGAGGGCCUGCGACUUUGCCGAAAGGAUAAAUAGGGCGGUUAAGCGAAGGGAAUGUACUGAAGAAUACGCCCGGAACCUGUGUCAAGUCAGCAUCCUGUUUCAUGCUCAGGUCAAGGCCUGGGACACAGCUAGCAAACAGAAUCCCGAUGGGAAGAUCGUCAAGGCACAACCAGGAGCGAAUUUUGACUACGGCAACUGGAACUUGCGCUUUGAUAUCCUGUUCUUGAGGACAAUGACUGUCUCGCGUGACUUCACCAAGGCCCUUCGAGGUCUACCGAAUCAGUGGAUUUUCGGAAAGGGGCCCAAUCCCGUGCCUGGACCCCUUCGUCAAAUCAUCCUUGAGUGCCACACAGUCACGCUCGACGCUUUCAAGGUACUAUUUUCCGUCAUGGAGCGGGAUAAGAAUCUUCUGCCAUACACGUCCACCGGGACGGGGCGCUUUGACGUCAUGACCGUCACCGACCAGGAAACAAACAACGCCGAUGCGAUACAGUACGUUUCGGAGAAAUUGGUGCAGAGGAUUAUGUGCCACUUCCUUCUUGUUCACCAGAUCUUGCGAGACCUCGUCCGAUACCCCCAACUACCAGAGCUCAUGAAACCUCAAGCCAUCAACAGUAGCCAGUGUCAGCUGCUGCGGGAAGAGCAAGAAGUUGAACGAGCCGGGAAAGGCCUCCCAUUUCUCACGAUUUACCCAUGUGUGGCACGACCUGAUAUUGGCGAUGAGCAGAUUAAGGAGCUGGAGCUUUUUGUCCUCCUUCGACUUAACUUUAUUGUACAGAGAGUCCCCCGGAAGUGA